GCUCCGCAGGGAUCCCCUCCCUCCCCGGCCGCGUGUGUGCGCCAAUUUGUGAAUGAAUCUCAGCUGCAAGCCGAGGCCGCCCCCAGCCUGCGUUUGGCUGGGAAGGAUGCCUGCCAGGCAGGAGGGGCGUGGGGCGAGGCUCCGCAGGGGAAGGGAGCCGAGCCGGGGCAUGCCGCGACACAGCCCGGGCGGAGCAGCCCGGGGGAUCGCGCCUGGCUGCCCUGCGCUGCAAGCGGAAGGGGCCGCGGUUCUCGUGCCCAGCCGGAGCCUGGCGCCCCGGGACCCCGGGCUGCAGGGGAUGCCCCGGCGGGGGCCGGCCCGGCGGCCAUGACCCCCCCGCAGGUGCUGAAGGAGGGGGUGCUGGAGAAGCGCAGCGGGGGGCUGCUGCAGCGCUGGAAGAAGAAGCGCUGCCUGCUGACCGAGGAGGGGCUGCGGCUCUUCGAGCCCGGCGGCUCCCGCUGCAAGGAGCUGGGCUUCGCCCGCAUGCGGGCGGUGGAGUGCGUGGAGUGGAAGCGGCGGCACGUCUACUUCACCGUGGUGACCGACAGCGGCUGCGAGAUCGACUUCCGCGGCCCGCGGGAGGAGCCCGGCUGGAGCGCGGAGAUUGGCCUGGGGCUCGUGCGCUUCCAGAACCGGCUGGCCAUGCAAAGUGUGCGGGCCCGGCACGGCGCCAGGGCGGGUGAGCAGCGGGGUGAAUCCGGGGCUCAGCCCGCGGUUCCUUGCGUUGGAACUGGCUUGUCCCCGAGGAAGGAAACUUCCCUAGAGCAAAGGGCUGCUCAGAGGGGGAGGGGGUCAAAUGGGGUAAUUUGCCCCAGGCCCCCACGAGAAUUGCAACUUGUUUUUUAUGGAAGGGCCCCCGAAAUUGCUUUGCCCCAGGCCCCCUGAAUCCUCUGGGCAGUCCUGCUAGAGCAUGACCCCUGGAGGAUAACAAUUUACCGCUACUACCAGCCAAAGGGGCCACUCCUUCAGCUUGCCUGAGAGGGGUCUCUGCUGAGUCUUACCUUCACCCCCUGCUGGGGCCGGGUGUUACCCCGCCCAUGCCAAGGGUGAUGUGCCAGUCAGCUUGCCCUUCCCAGAGCCAUCCCAGUCCUCUGUCUCCAGGCCCCGCUUUUCCCUCCCUGUUUUCACUGCAGGGCCUGUUGCCUGAUUUCCUGGGGUGCCCCCAACUUUCCUGGAUUUCAGGGGGAGCUGCGGGUGCCGGGCUGGGUGCUGCAUGUAUUUACACUGUGCCAGUCGGGGUCUAGCCUCCCCCAAGGGCCCCUGAGCUGCUGUUUCCGUGCCCGGGUGGGGAUGAAUUUCAGUGCCUCUGUCUGGCCUGGCAGGAUGAUCCCACCUCAGCAGCACUGGGGAGGGGCAGUGGCAGGUUGGGAGAGGGCCAGGCACAGAUCGUGUCUCCCCCGAGUGCCAGGCACUGCCUUGAGCUCAUAGGGUUUCUGUAGCCUUUGCCUGGAACCUGUCUAUGGGCUGAUGAUCCACUAGCAGAGUCACCCCUCUCCUUGUGCCAGAGCCCUGCUACAGGAGCCUGCCUUCCUUACCGGAAUGCUGCUGCCCUGGGAUCUCAGCGGGCAAGCCCGGUUGUUUCAGGACUGUGUUGCCAGUGCCCUAACCCCUCCCCCCUGCUUUGGAGAUGAUGUGCCAGGUCCCGCUGCCUGCCUCCUGGGCAUGCUCCAACCUGGGCAGGUGCUGGGACAGCUGCAGAUCCCCUUGGCUGGAGCAGUCCUGAGCUCCACGGUGGAUUGGAGUGUCGGGGAGAGGCGGGUUGGAUGGGAAGCAGCUGGACCUGGCUCCUAAACCCUGCUCCAGCAUGUGCGCCAAUCCCCUGGCUGAUUUCCACAGUGCUGUUCAGGCACUUGGCACUGCUUCCAUGGGGGAUUGGGGUUGGGAGAGCUGAUCCCUCUACCUGGUGAGUGGGGCAAGGCUCCCGCCCCCAGGCUAGUGACAGCAUCCCCAUGAUGGGAGAGGUCCCCUCCCAGCAAGCCCUGGCCCUCGGGGUGGCCAUGGUGACCAUAGCGCUGCUGCUGUGGAACUUGGAGCUCUCAAGCUGGAAAACACCCCCGGGUCUCUUCUUUGCUCCCACAGCCCCAAAGCAGGGCUUGAUCCUGCAGGGUGCCUGGGAGCCCAAUUCUCCACUACCCCCUUCCUGUGUUUGGGGCAGGGAGGGGGGGCUUCAAGCCACCUUUGCUCUCCCCCUGUUCUGGGCCUGGCCUGGGCUCUCCAUCUGUCCUGGCUCAGGUAGAGCAAGCAGUGGCUUGUAUCACAAUCCUGUGUGCCCCCCUCUCAGCUCCCUCCUCUGGCCUGAACCCAAGCUGGGGCCAGAUUCCCCCA